AGCCCAAGAGCCAGCUCCACUCAAGGAAUAACCUGCUUCCUAGACCUGUUCUUUUCAGACAUCUACAUCACUUUCCUUCCUUUUUUGUGAUCAUCCCGAUGGAGUGUUCCCCUCAUGCCCGUGUUUGGGUCUCCCUACUGCUAGGCCUUGCCAUGCUCAUCCAUGGCACUCAGGCUCAAAACUCACCCCAAGACUACGUUGCUGCUCACAACGCUGCUCGUGCCCAAGUUGGCGUCGGUCCAAUCUCUUGGGACGAUACCGUUGCAGCUUAUGCCGAGAACUAUGCGAACCAGAGGAUCGGUGACUGCAGCAUGAUCCACUCUGGUGGUAAUGGUGGCCAGUAUGGGGAGAACAUCUUCGGAGGCGGUGGUUCUGGGUGGACUGCCGUAGAUGCCGUGAACUCGUGGGUGGAUGAGAAGAGCAACUACGACUACAACACCAACACCUGUGCUAGUGAACAGAUGUGCGGGCACUACACUCAGGUGGUGUGGCAAAACUCGGUGCGGCUGGGCUGCGCCAGGGUCGAAUGCAACAACGGUGGCACCUUCAUUACCUGCAACUACGACCCAGCUGGUAACGUUGAUGGGGAGCGUCCCUAUUAGAUAUGCAGGACAUGCCCUGCGUUUGGCUUGUCCUUUUUGGGUAUGUAAUAAACAGAGCGUAGGCUCUCUCCUCUAUAUAAAAUAAAUUGUAAGGGUGGACGUAUGCAACGCCACCCACCGGCCUCCGUUGCUUGAUUUAUCCUGUUAAAAGUAUCUAUACAUACUUUGCAGUAAAAAUUGUUUGAUUUUCUUUCCCUGUUUAAGAUAUGUGUGUGU